AUGGAACAACCUGACCCUGCCAAGCGAGAGACCGAGAUCCCAUGCAGUUACUGCGUUCAGUCGAAGGUCCCUGCCACUAAAACAUGCCUACACUGCGAAGCCUCUAUGUGCGAAGAACAUCUGAAGGCACACAGUAAGUCCACGGAGCAUGUUUUGGUGGAACCCACCACUUCCAUCAAGGAUAUGAAAUGCUCUAUCCAUGACAAGCUGAUUGAGUUCUGCUGCUCCGAGGAUGGGGCCUGCAUCUGCGUGUCAUGCUGCAUCGUAGGAGAACAUCGAGGCCAUAAGGUAGACCCACUGAAGGAUGCCUUUGAGAAGAGAAUGGCAAGCCUGCAAGAUGUCAUAGAUAAGCUGACCGCAGAAAGUCAGGAGAAUGAGAAAAAACUUGAGAGGCUGCAAACAAAACAGCAAGAGGUGCAUCAAGCUGUGGCCGGGGUCACCGAAAGAGUGGCUGCACUUUUUAGGGAUAUGACUGAACAGCUGAAUGUUCUUCAGACAAGUGCCACGAGCGAAGUCUCCAGACAGGAACAACAGGCUCUGUUCCGUGUCAAUGGAUUGAUCCAGCAACUGGAAAAGAAGAAGGUUGAGCUCUCCAAAAAAAUAAGCAGCAUCCAGGGACUGCGCAACGUGACGGACCCAUUAACUGUGCUGAGGGGAACUUCCACAGAAGAGAGAGGCCGCAGGGACUCCAGAAAGAUCAGUGACGGUGACAGUAGCGUGCAUGUGGAUGGGAGUGUGGACGAGGGUUCCGUGUCCCUCAUCUUACACAUGGGCCUUUUAAGCUUUGCUGAGAGCCUGCUCGACCUGAUGGCGAUACGUCAGUUUUCUGAUGUGAAGAAGACAGACCUGAGGCUGGAUGUGAACACAGCGCACGGCAAGAUCGUCAUAUCCAGUGAUCUGAAAUCUGCGUCUCACUCCGCCACGUCUCAGAAGUAUCCGGAGACUCCGGAGAGGUUUAAAUCCUGCCAGGUACUAAGCACAAACCUUUUAAGCUCUGGGCAACACUACUGGGAAGUGGACGUGAGUGGCGCUAAGAAGUGGAUCGUGGGAGUGGCUUACAGGAGCAUUGAGAGAAAGAUUGCUGGAAACGAGUCGUUUAUCGGGUACAACAGCAAGUCGUGGACACUGUUUUUCCAAAAAUUCCUCGGGACAUCUCACAACAAUGUACAGUACACUGUGGCCUGCAGCAGCCCAAUCCAGGCUGUGGGAGUACACCUGAACUACGACGCCGGGUAUCUGUCCUUCUACCAACUGAGUCCAACUAGACACCUAUACACCUUCACCGCCACCUUCACCGAGCCCCUUCAUGCCGCCUUCUACAUUUUUGAAAGCAGCUGCAUCAAGUUGAAGAGCUAG